AUGGUGGUGUUUGUCGACCUCGACGAUGCAAUUCCGGAUGGAUCGGCAUUCUUGGAGAAGCCAUUCCCUUUGACGGUUGACCCCAUCACGUCGGAGCCGGCGGAACUACCCGCAUCGUCUUCCCCGAAUGAAACCGGGAUACUAAACCCCAAUCGAAAUGGCUUCUCCGCGGCUUUGACUUGUUAUCCAAUCGUCAAAGAAAUCGCUCGCGCCAUCGAUCUGAAUACCCUAUAUGCCCUCUCGAGUACAUGUCGCCAGUUCCACGUGAACUUGGCACCCUUCCGCCAACAAUUAGUAAAAGCGACCCUCCGGUGCGAAAAUGAAUACAUCGAAACCCUAGCAGAAAUGCUAGACAGCGGCUCUGUCCUCCCAGACAGUGUCAAAUCAGUCAUCCGACUACUAAGCCGUCCCAGUGGCGAUCAUACCCGCAUGACCCGCGGGAAAGUGGCCAAAUGCGCGCGAGAUAUGGUAGGCGAAUGUCGACGCUGCGCCAAGAUUGUAUGCAGAAACUGCACAAUAAAACCCCCUUCCCAGCCAGCCCUUAGAAACCGUAUUCGCCGCCUCUGCGCACCAUGUGGAACAGCGCCACUCUCUUCUCACCUCUCCUACCCAACCUCAGAUUCGCACGCCCCCGAACCGUGGGACGAGAAUAGCGUCGCGGCUAUUGCGUUUGCGCGCAAUCCCUGCAAUUGCCAGGAAGCCGUCUGGCUAUGCACGCAGUGCGGGACGACGCUGCGCAGCAAUGACACGACAUACCGUCGUGUCUGGGCGUGGCGCACGCGCUACAGCACGUAUCUCGGCGGAGGGCUAGGUACUGGCAUUGGUGAAGGCAGCCAGGGUGUUAAGUGUGGGCGUGGUGAGAACUGUCUUGCUGCGCAGGAGAUUGAGCUUGAAGUUGACUGUGAGGCUGAUGAGGGGUCUGGGUCCGGGAGUGAUACUAGUAGUACUGAACAGAGUACCGCAGCUCCAUCGUUUGGUCAUGAGGAGGCUGCUGUCUCGACCGAUAGCCAUGAUGAUGUGGAGCCUGGGUAUUUCAGACAGGAAGUCAUUGGGCUAGGCGGUGUGGUCAAACAUAAGUCCAAGAAAAGAGUUAAUGUUGGUGCUUGUGUUGUUGAGUAUGAGGAUGAGAGGGAGACGGGGAAUUAUCUCGAGAGGGAGGAAAAGGGUUUGUAUCGUGGUUGGUGUGGAUGGUGUUCUAGAGUGAUUCCGGCGAAGAGCGAGCGGGCUUGA